AUGGAGAACCACCACUGCAAACACAUCAAUGACCUUCCCAGCAAUUGCAUGCUCAGAAUUUUCACUUUCCUCCCUGAUCCCUCCGACCGUUACCGGUGCUCCGCCGUCUCCCGGAGGUGGCUUCUUCUGCAACUCCAGUUACAGCCCUGUGACUUGCCGGAGUUCCCAUCUCAACAAGACUCAUCAUCCUCAUCAAACUCAGACUUAGACUUCUCUUCUGAUGCAGAAGAUGAUGAUAAUGAAGUUGAUACUUUGAAUACUCUUGAAGGUCCAAUGGCUAAUGACAUGAGAAUUGCUGCAGCAGUUAUGAGUAGAGCUUAUUACUCUAUUUUGAUAGAACUUAAUCUUGUUGAAGACUUCCCAUCUAACAAUCCUUUUUCUGCACUUCAUCAUGAAGUGGUCACUGACUUUGGGUUGCAGAUGAUAAGCUUAGCUUGUCCAUAUCUUGAGGUUCUACGUCUGAUAAACUGCAUUCAUGUCACAAUUGCUGGUGUUGUUUUCAUUGCUGAGAAGUGCACCAAUUUGACUUCUUUGGAACUAAAUUCAUGUCCAUUGGUUGGAGAUGAGGCUUUAUUGGCUUUAGCUCAGCAUUCUGGUCUUCUCUCAUUCCUUACUUUGAGAAGAUGUUUGUUGGUUACUGAGAAAGGUAUUGCUGCUGUUCUCACUAGAGUUCCUACAUUCAAAGGCAAGUCUGUUUUGUGUAUUGAGUUAAGUUAUGAAGAUGAUGAUUUGCUCAAUAAUGGAGCAAAUGAUUCUGUUGUUGAAGUUAGAAACUUUCAGUAUGUUAGAGAAACAUCAGAGUUAAAGUUGUCAUCCAUUGUUGAAGCACUGAGGAUGAACUUUUUGAUUCUAGAGCCAUGCAUUGGGAAAACAGACUCAACCUUUAUUCUAUCAUCACCCUCAAAAACUCUGACUGAAUUCCACUCCAUCAAGAUAAAAAACUGUGAUAAAUUCACAGAAACCGGAUUAACCGAUCUAACCGGCCGCGCUCACUUGCUGGAAAAAAUCAAGCUAGAGAAGUGCAGUGGGAUAACAACUCAGAAUCUAUUGGGUGCAUUCAUAAACUGCAGAACCAGACUGAAAUAUUUAUCUCUAUUGGACUGCACCAUUGAUGAAGAUUCAAAACAAGAAAUGGCAGAAGAAGAUCAUGAGUUGUUCAAGACAAAUGCGUUCUAUGCAGCACUGGAAGGAGUGAAAGUGGAAAACUGCAGAGGGAUCAGUGAGGCAUUUCUCUCAUGGAUUGGAGCCACAUGCAGGAGAGCAAACACAAUAGAAAUGCUGAACAUGGAGAUGUUCACAGAUGACUGUUUGAUUGCACUUGUAAAGUCAUUAAAAGGGACAACAACAAGGUUGACAAAGUUGGAUUUGAGUGGAUGUGAAGGAAUAACAGAUAGAGGGAUGAUAUAUGCAAUGAUAGUUGUAGGGAAGAAGUUGGAAUGGUUGGGUUUGGGGAAGUGUAGAGGGUUGAGUUGGAGGAGUUUGGGAAAGGUUGGGGAGGAGUGCCGGAGACUGAAGUACUUGGACUUGUCGGAGUGUGCGGUGAGUGAUAGGGUGGUGAUGAAGAUUGCAAGGGCAGGGAUGGUGAGGUUGAAGACGUUGAAGAUGGUUGGGUGUGAAGGAGUGACUGAUAAGGGGUUGGGUUGGUUGAGGUUUUUGAAAGGGAGUUUGGUUGAUGUGGAUUUGAGUGGGUGUGUUAGUGUUAGUGAAGCUGGUGUUGCAUUGAUGUGUCAGGUUCUUGCUGCUGGGGAUGUUGCUGAUGUUACUGUUGCAUGA